AUGAUUUGUUUUUUGUGUCCCAUGAAUUAUGUCAUCAUUCCAGCUGUCAAACUGUCAAGGUUUAUUAACCUCCAUUUGUUUUGUAGAAAUAAUGUCUUUUUAGAUUUUUUGCAACGGUAUGUCAUUAAUAGCCUUCUUUAUAUCCAGAACACGUCCAAAAAGUUCAUACACACUAUGGACAACUGUGGCGUGUCGCCUCAGUUCAACAGAACCACCUUCAGGUGGUCCAACAUUAAAAGAUGAAAACCCACAACAUGAAGAUAAAAGAAGUACUCAGGGUAACUACGAGGAAGACAUUCGGAACAAAAUUCUGUCCGCCUCAUUGCCGUAUGUCCCCCAGCUGGGUUGGUCAAAAGAUGCCAUCACCAAAGGCGCCGAAGACGUUGGUUACCCGGGGGUAGUACAUGGCAUGUUCUCCAGGGGAGGAGGAGACCUGGUACACUAUUUUCAAACUAGUUCGAAUAGUCAACUGGUCGAGAUACUUAAAGAACUACAAAAUAAACACAAAGAUAACCCGCUUCCGCCUGGAGAUUUUGCAGAAAAGGCCAUUCAAGCUCGGUUGAAGAUGAUGAUACCUUAUAUAGGAAAAUGGCCACAGGCUAUAGCGAUUAUGUCUCUACCUCCAAACGUUCCCAAUGCUCUCGCAACCCUGUUGACUAUGGUAGAUGAUAUAUGUUACUAUGCAGGGGAUAGAUCUGUAGAUUUUAAUUGGUACCUGAGAAGGAUAGGAAUAGCAGGAGUGUAUAAGGCAUCAGAAUUAUACAUGAUUCAGGAUAAAUCUAACGAAUUCAAAGACACUUGGAGUUUCCUGAAUAGAAGAUUGGUAGAAGCUGUACAAUUACAUGAUAUCAUAAGUAAAUCGGAAGGUACAAGUCAGGCGGCUAAAGACACCAUACAGUCAGUAUUCAUCACAGUGAAAGAUCCAGAUUCAGGCCAAGAAAUUAGAAAUCCAGUUGAAAUACAAGAACUUUCCAUAGAUUCUGAUGUCAAUGAGGUGCCAGUACCAACAGAAGUUAUUCUGAAUCAUCUAAAAUCAGGGAGAUCCAGUGUCUUUGGAGCGUCUUUCUGAAUUAUAAAUAAGGAAGACACCAUUUUAAAGAAAAAGAGGAGACAAACAACAAUAUAUAUAAAGUGACUUUUUAU